AGAUCUUGAUCCGGGCUAGCCUUCGGUGGUUUUGAGAGAGGACGGAAGGACCAAAGUCUCUAAACUGCUCUUCAUUUCCUCAUUCUUUCCAAAUCUGAACACUUGGGUCGCGAUCUCUGCAGCUGAAUCUCGCUGCUCUUAAUCGAUAUACUACUUCUCUUCAACCUCCUACAAUUCAACUCUCUCUCUCUCUCUCUCUCUCUGCUACUCCGUCUCUCUUACUUGCAGCUUAAUCGUCUCUAGAGAACAUAGAUACUCUUUCAUUUUACGGAUCGAUCGCUCCGCUGAGUGCACCUCGAAGUAUAUCGCAUCGGGGUUCAGCGGCAGCUGUUGCGCGAUUUUGAUCUUGUGGAGAUUUUCAUGGAAGAAUAGACCUCACAAAGAGAUCAAUUGUGAAGUAUGGAGUCUACGGGAGCCGAAAAUCCUAACCGUGUUAACUUCUCACAAAGACCUGUCCCUCCAGGCAUGAGACCUUUUACCCCUUCUAGUCCAAUGGUUGGAUCAGAGCCCCCGGUGAGCAAUCCUCUUGCACAUACUAUUCCCCAAACUUUCAUGCCCCCGUUAUCUUCUGGACCUGCUGCUUCUCAAGCUGCACCACCAGGUGGUAUGUAUCCAUACACAUCGAUGCCUCCUAUGUCCUCAGUACCAUAUGGAAAUCCAAGGCCUGCAGGAACCCCAUUUCAGCGGUUUCCAACUCCACAAUUUCCUCCAAUUGCUCAAGCAUCUCAAGCAAGUACUCUGCCUACACCUACACCCAGUUCUUUUCAUCCUCAGCCUCAGGCACCAUUUGUAUCCAUGGGUUCUCCACCACAAAACAUAAAUCAUGCACCAUCUUUCGCAAACAUUCCUCCACCUUCAAGUUCGCCUUUUUCAGGUCCUUGGACAACAUCACAACCAGCACGACCAUCCUUUUCUGGAUACCCCUCCAAGGAACCUAAUAUGGUUGCACCUACUCCUCCUGUACAAACUACUCCUUUUAAUCAAGGAGGCUUUAUACCCAACCGUCCACCUGUAACUUCUGCUCCUUUUCCUUCAUAUCAAGGAAGCCAUAUGGGUCCUCCACCAAUUGCUGCUUCAUCAGGGCCCUACUCAAGGGACCAAAUGCAUCAUCAAUCAUAUGGUCCUCCUUCAGGAACUCUUCAGGGCUUACUAGAGGAUUUCAACUCUCUUACAAUUGGCUCAGUUCCUGGAUCACUUGAUCCAGGCCUUGAUACUAAGUCACUGCCCAGGCCUUUGGAUGGUGACGUGGAACCAAAGGCAUUUGCCGAGAUGUAUCCCAUGAAUUGCCAUUCUCGAUAUCUAAGACUUUCAACCAAUUGUCUACCAACUUCCCAAUCCCUGGUAUCUAGAUGGCAUUUACCUCUUGGAGCAGUUGUCUGUCCACUUGCUGAAGCUCCUGUUGGGGAGGAGGUUCCCAUACAAAACUAUGUAUCAACUGGAAUUAUUAGAUGCAGAAAAUGUCGUACUUAUGUGAAUCCGUAUGUGACAUUCACUGAUAGUGGAAGAAAGUGGCGAUGCAACAUAUGCGCUCUGCUGAAUGAUGUCCCAGGUGAGUAUUUUGCUCAGUUAGAUGCUAGCGGAAGGAGGAUCGAUUUAAAUGAAAGGCCCGAGCUAACUAAGGGUAGUGUGGAGUUUGUGGCUCCAACUGAGUACAUGGUGCGACCUCCAAUGCCACCAGUAUACUUCUUCUUGAUUGAUGUAUCAAUUUCUGCUGUGCAAAGUGGGAUGCUUGAGGUUGUGGCUGAAACUAUUAAGUCUUGUUUGGAUAAUUUCCCCGGUUCUUCUAGAACACAAAUUGGGUUCAUAACAUUUGACAGCACUAUACAUUUCUACAACAUGAAGUCAAGCUUGACACAGCCCCAAAUGCUGGCAGUUUCUGAUCUUGAUGACAUAUUUGUUCCAUUGCCGGAUGAUCUUCUUGUAAACUUGUCUGAGUCAAGAGCAGUACUCGAUGCUUUUCUAGAUAGCUUACCCUCUAUGUUUCAGAAUAAUUAUAAUGUGGAGUCUGCUUUUGGCCCUGCUCUUAAAUCCGCUUUUAUGGUUAUGAGCCGAUUAGGUGGUAAAUUGUUGAUAUUCCAAAGCACUCUUCCAUCACUUGGUGUUGGCCGUUUAAGAUUGCGUGGAGAUGAUGUACGUGUUUACGGGACAGACAAGGAGCAUUCGUUGAGAAUAUCAGAAGAUCCUUUCUAUAAACAGAUGGCUGCGGAUUGUACCAAGUACCAGAUAGCUAUUAAUGUAUAUGCUAUGAGUGAUAAGUACACCGAUAUUGCCUCUUUAGGAACCUUGGCUAAGUAUACUGGUGGUCAAGUAUAUUACUAUCCAGGUUUCCAAUCAGCCAUUCAUAAGGAGAAAUUGAAGCAUGAGUUGGCCAGAGAUCUUACAAGAGAAACUGCAUGGGAAGCUGUCAUGCGCAUAAGAUGUGGAAAAGGCGUUAGGUUCACAUCUUAUCAUGGAAAUUUUAUGCUAAGAUCAACUGAUUUAUUAGCACUUCCGGCUGUAGACUGUGAUAAAGCUUAUGCAGUUCAACUUUCCCUCGAGGAGGCAUUGUUAACUACUCAAACAGUAUAUUUCCAAAUCGCAUUGCUAUAUACUUCAUCGAGUGGUGAAAGAAGGAUCAGAGUGCAUACGGCGGCGGCACCUGUUGUUUCGGAUCUAGGAGAGAUGUAUCGUCAGGCAGAUACGGGCGCUAUUGUUUCUAUAUUUUGUCGGUUAGCAAUAGAGAAAACAUUAUCCUAUAAAUUGGAGGAGGCUCGAAACUCCGUUCAACAAAGGAUAGUCAAAGCACUGAAAGAGUACAGAAGUCUCUAUUCAGUUCAGCAUCGAUUGGGAGGCAGGAUGAUAUACCCGGAAUCACUAAGAUUCUUGUUGAUAUACGGUUUGGCAUUGUGCAAGUCAAUACCUCUUCGUGGAGGGUAUGCCGAUGCCCAACUGGAUGAACGAUGUGCAGCAGGACAUACCAUGAUGACUUCACCAGUUACGAGUUUGUUAAAGAUUCUUUACCCAGAUUUGAUUCGAAUUGAUGAAUAUCUUGUGAAGUCAUCUCCUCAUGAGGUGAAUUUCAACUUUUCAAGGCUACCACUUACGGCUGAUAGCUUGGACUCGAGAGGGGUUUAUAUAUAUGAUGAUGGUUGUCGUUUCAUUUUGUGGUUUGGAAGAAUGGUUUCGCCCGACAUAGCUAUGAACUUACUUGGAGAUGACUUCGCCACCGACCUUUCUAAGGUUGCCAUUCAUGAGCGUGAUAAUCCGAUGUCGAAGAAGCUAACAAAGAUACUUGAGAAGUUAAGGGGCUCUGACAAUUCAUACUACCAGCUAUGUCAUCUCGUGAGGCAAGGGGAACAACCCCGAGAAAGUUUCCUUCUCCUCUCGAACUUGGUUGAGGAUCAAGUCAGCGGUAUGAAUAGCUAUGCUGAUUGGAUUAUGCAAAUACAACGACAACUGCAGUAAAAGAAAUGUUAUUGUUAAAAAAGGCAAUAUUAGAUGGCUCAAACCGAACUGGGAUUAUGACUUUGGAGCAUUGUGUUGGGACAAGUACAAGAAAAAUGCACGAUACAGGAUGAAUUCAGAGAUUUUAUUUUUUUGUGGAGAUGUUUCUAAAAUGGCUGACUUUUGAAGUGAAAUUGGGUAAACAGUUCUGAGAGGGUGAUUUGGUUUUGUUUUUGCUACUUCCAGGUGAUAUUUAUUUAUUCCUUUGAAGAAAUAAAGAUGCAGCUGAUCCUCCCCUUAAAACACCUGGAUGUUGAAGUUGUUCUGAGACUCGAAUUUGUAGAAUAGAUUUCGGGAGAUGGAUUUAGUCAAGUUUUGCGUCUCAUUUGAAACAAUCUUUUGUUGUUGUCUUUGCAAUUGAAAGGAUUUUUUUUUUUUUUUUGGCUUUUCUUGUUUGAUUUGGUGGUAUGAUUGGAUCUAAGUGUGUUUCAUAAACUUGAUCAUAGAUCAUCAGUUAGAACUUCUUUUGGAGGUUGUUUCCAAAUAACUAUUUUUUCAUAGUAAACAUCUAUGAAGUUUUCA